CUAGAUUAGUGUUUACAAGGCAGCAGGCUAAAUGUGUUGAAAUUUGUUUUCUUCACGGUUUUAUUUUGAAGUUUCACCGGAACCGUAUUAGCUUAUUGGCGAACGAGCGCCGCGUUCGGUGGCGCUGGCGUAGGUGUUGGACAACAGAACGCUGGCAGCGGAGCGUCACUUUUGGUUCCAUCUCCGUUCACUGCGCCGCCUUCGUGGAGAGUGGUUCUAUAUGAGUCCAGCGGAACCCCUGUGCUGGGACCAUGCCGAACUUGCGCACAGCGACACUUUGCUUCUGUUCCCUGUUUCUCCUGGGACCCUUCUCGCCGGCUGACGCCGAGGGCUCCGAUGACGAUGCCUUCGCCAUCCAGCACGCGGGCUCCCGGCGGUGCCUGGAUGCCCUGACCCUGGGCACAUGUGAGCCCAGCAGCAGGUCCCAGCUGUGGAAGUGGGCCUCCGGACGCCGCCUCUUCCACCUGGCCUCAUCCCGCUGUCUGGCGCUGGAGGUUCGCUCCAAGACAUUGUCUCUGGUUGACUGUGGCGCCGACAUUGAUCAGAGUUGGAACUGUGUGGACGGGGUUGUUUACACUGUCUAUCAAAUGCGUCUUUCAGUCAACAAAGACAGAGUGGUAGCCUCAGCUAACAAUAAUGACACUUGGGUCAGGGGAGGAUCUGAGGAGGACGUCUGCCAGAGGCCGUAUCGCGUUGUUCACACCAUCGAUGGCAACUCUGCUGGCAGCCCCUGCAUAUUCCCCUUUAAGCACAACGGCAGCUGGCAUCACGGAUGCCUCCCUGAUGCAGAUUCUUCAAGGUUGACGUGGUGUGCCACAACCUCCGACUACGACCAAGACGGAAAGAAGGGAUACUGUCUAACACCUGAGGAUGGCUGCCACACGCUCUUUGCCGGCCCCGAAGGUAAAUUCUGCUAUGAGUUUGCUUCCGAUGCUGCAGUGACUUGGCACGAAGCUUUGGACUCGUGUCGUAGUCAGGGAGCUGAUCUGCUCAGCGUAUCCGGGCCCAACGAUCUCUUCUCCCAAACCAUGUUGGACGGCCUUGGCAGAAUGCCAGACAAGAUGUGGAUUGGCCUUCAUCAGUUAGACAUUACUCAAGGCUGGCAGUGGUCAGACGGCUCCCCUCUGUCCGUCCUGCGCUGGGAAAAAGAAAAUCCACCCUCCGCAAGCUCCAUCAUUGAGUCAGACUGUGGUGUCCUUAACUCCAAUAAGACCUUUGCAGCUGAGUCGUGCACCAAGCGACUGCCGUACAUCUGCAGGAAGAGUGUCACCUCCUCCAACACAACAAAACCAGAGUUUUCAAUAUAUAAAGAAACUGUGUGCGCCAGCGGUUGGGAACCAUGGAAUGGCUGGUGUUACAAGUUAGUGAAGGACGCCCCCCAAAACUUCAGUGAGGCUCUGAAGCACUGUGAGCAGACAGAGGGCGGAUCUCUGGCCAGCUUCCACUCCAUCGACAGCAAAGAGAUGAUAAGCACUCAUUUUCAUGCAGAUGGUAAGGCGCUGGAUGUGUGGAUUGGGCUCCAAGCGUCCGCAGAGAAACUCUCCGUCUUCACGUGGAUUGACAAGGAACCAGUCACAUUUACCUACUGGGGCCAAAAUGAGCCAGUCCAGCCCUCUAAGGAUAUGGCCUGUGUUUUCUACUCUGCAGAGUCUCAUGGUUGGCGGGUCGGGAACUGCUCGCAGAUGCUGCCAUUAAUGUGUCAGAAGAAAGGAGAAGUCAAAGACUUAGAGACUCAGGCUGGAUGUGCCUUUGAGGAUGGUUGGAGGAGACACGGUAACUCCUGUUACCAAGUUAACACAAAGCAAGUAGCCUUCAAAGAUCGUUGCAACAUCACAAUAAGAAACAGGUUUGAGCAGGCUUUUAUCAACCGUCUGCUUGGAGAACACCUCAGCAAUCACGCUCAGUAUUUCUGGAUAGGACUGCAGGACAUCAAGAGCACAGGAGAGUUCCAGUGGGUUAGCCUAGAUGGGUCAACAAGUGUGGUUACAUACACCAACUGGGCCUGGUUACAACAAGCACAUUAUCGUGGAGGUUGUGCAGUCAUUUCAACAGCAAAACCUUUGGGCAAGUGGCAGGUGAAGAACUGCACCCUUUUUAAGGCUGGCACCAUUUGUAGACAAGACCUCAGUCCACUUCCUCCGCCAGAACCAGAGCCCAAUCCCAAGGCUCCCUGUGCUAAUGGAUGGGUGUCCAGAGAAAACAUCACAUACUGCUACAAGGUCUUCCAUGAGGAACGUCUGAGCAGGAAGCGAUCCUGGGAGGAAGCGAAGAGGUUCUGUCACGCCCUGGGAGCCAACCUGGCCAGCUACACAAGUAUUGCUGAGAUGACGGCACUAAACAGCAUCAUAAAAGAAACCAUCAGUGAUAAUCGCUACUUCUGGGUUGGACUGAACAGGAGAAAUCCAUCUGACGGCUCCUGGGAGUGGAGCGAUGGCCGGCCUGUAUCUGUGGAGGUUGUGCACAGCAGCUUCCAUGACGAUGAUGCGUACAAUCGUGACUGCACUGCAUUCAAGUCAAUGAAGACCACCCUGAAACACCUGUUUGUGCUUCUCUUCGCCGAUUUACCUCCCACGUCUUUCUUGGCCACACCGUUUCACUGUGACUCCAGGCUGGAGUUUGUGUGCCAAAUCCCUCGCGGAAAGACACCAAAGAACCCAGACUGGUACAACCCAGGUGCGCAUCAUGACACUUCCAUCUUCAUUGAUGGAGCAGAGUUUUGGUUUGUUCAGGAGCCUAAACUAACGUUUGAAGAAGCAAACCUCUUUUGCAGCUCAAAUGACAGCAAACUGGCUGCACCCCUGACCUCUACUGCCGUCUCACGGAUCCACCAGUACAUUAAAAAUAUUUCAAGUUCUAAUAAGGAACCCUGGUGGAUGGACUUGAGACAGCCUGGACGGUUAUUCCCCAUGACGUACACGCAGCUGUAUUAUUACCAUACAGCUUUCUUGGGCAGAUGCACUUCAAUCACUCCUGAAAACAUCUUUCCAGAACAUCAAAACAGCUGCAGACAGCAAUUUUCAUUUGUGUGUGAAAAACACAACAUUACGUCUGUGGAGACAAACCCUCUGGAGCCUCAUCAAGGAGGACUGCCGUGCACAGGACGCUCUCUGCAUUUCAGAAACAAGUGCUACACACUAAUGAUGAGCAUGAAGCCUGUGCCGUUCAAAUACGCCAAUAAUGACGAUUGCCAGUCUGUGAAAAGUACCCUGGUCACAAUAUCCGAUCAGGUGGAGCAAGACUUCAUCACAACCCUUUUGCCGAGCAUGAGAAACAAGAAGAGCAUAUGGAUUGGCCUGAGAAUUGAGCGCAACGAGCCUGAAUGGGUGGAUGGGUCUCCAGUGAACUACCUUCACUUCAACCCCCUUCUCCUGAGCCAGAAAAAGGCCAUACACUUCAAUAUGUGGGAUCCAGACAGCAUGGAUGUGUGUGCGUUUCUGAUCAACAACCCAAACUCUGCCAUGCUUGGUACUUGGGACUAUUCUUCCUGCUCACAAUUUCAGAAUAUUGCAGUUUGUCAACAUUAUGCAGAUGAAGUAGAGAAGCCUCACAUUGAAACGAAGCCCUUUUUCCUCAAUAACCACACCUUCAUGCUGAUUUCCAAAAACCUCACCUGGCACGAGGCCUUAAGUGACUGCAGAAACCACAGCAUGGAACUGGUGAGUGUGGCCGACACGCUUUCCCAGUCCAUCCUCACUGUGAAUGUGAGCCGCGCACGCACACCCAUGUGGAUCGGCCUCUAUAGUGACGAUGGCGGGAUCCACUACCACUGGUCUGACCACAGCCACACUGUGUUCAGUCGCUGGUCUUCAGAAGCCGCCAGUGGCUCAUGUGUCUACCUGGACAUGGAUGGCUUCUGGAAGGCCUCCGAGUGUGACGACGUACUAGAAGGAGCUAUCUGCCACAAACCACGGGAGGUUAUCAUCACACCAGAAGAUGCUGGCGUGAAGUGUCCUCAUAAGAUUCAUGGCCCAAACUGGAUUCCCUUUAAGAAGAACUGUUACUCAUUCCAAUUGGUUGCAUCCAGAUGGGACUAUUUCAACAUGGGGCAGAUUCAGGAUACCUGCAAAAGCCUUCACGCAAAUGCAGAGAUCCUCACGAUCCGAAAUGAAGAAGAGAACGAAUUCAUCAAGAACAGCCUUGAACCAUUUCAAAACCUGGUUCAGUUUGUGUGGCUAGGGAUGUUCAUUCAGAAUGAUACACAGAUGAAGUGGUACGAUGGCACAUAUGUCCAGUAUUCCAACUGGAAAUCGGGCAGACCUGAUGUAGACAGAGCGUUCAUGGCUGGCCUCACGGUGGAAGGCAGUUGGUUUCUCAUCCGAAACCCAAUGUUAUUCCCAGAGUUUAAACAAGCAGCCAUAGUGAGCUGCAAACUGGACAAUGAAAACAAGCAGGACUACAGCAAGUCGCUCACAGAUUUUCAGCGCUACGGCAACUUAUCCUACAAGCUGGUGGCCCAGAAGGUGACGUGGUACCAGGCUGUGGAGGAAUGCGAUCGGCUAGGAGGCUACCUGGCAAGCGUCCAUGACGCGCAGCACGACGCACAUUUGAAGCACAUUUCCAAAACCGAUGGCUUCCCGCUCUGGAUUGGCCUCUCGAAACAGGACGAUCGGUUCUCUGACUACGAAUGGUCUGAUGGAACAGAAUUUGACUACCAGGCCACCAUCUCUGAUGAUGGAGACAUCUCCACCUCACACGCACACUGUGUUUUUGUAACCCCCACUGGAGACUGGAUGUUCACGGACUGCAAUGCAAAACUAGAAGGCGCCAUCUGCUACAUAACCAAUAUUACAACCUCCUCCCAGAGAGCUAAGCUGCCGUCAGCCCCAGAGACCAGUGGCUGCCCUCCGAGCAGCAACAAGGCCCGAUGGGUGCAGCACAAGGACCACUGCUAUGCCUUCAACAUUAGCGCCUCCAAGUACAAUGUUCACACCUUUGAAAAUGCCCAAACCAUCUGUGCCAACCUGGAUGCUGAGCUGCUGACUAUAUCAUCACAAGAGGAGAAUGAUUAUGUGUCAAAGCUCUUGUCUGACAACCCUUCCAUCGCCAGCUUUACAUGGCUCGGUAUGGUCUUGGAUGAAAAAGGCAAGCCCACGUCCUGGAAGGACGGCUCCGCUGUGACUUUUUCUAACUUGAAGUCUCAAGUGAAGAAUUCCGCUCCCUACUGUGCCAUCAUGCAGACAAGAAAAGGUGGAGUCUGGGAACUGGUCAACUGCCAAAUAACCAAAAGCAGAGUCGUCUGUAAAACUGCAUCCAGUUCCUCUGGCUCUCAUGUGGUGCUGGUUCUUUUCAUCGUGUUCCUCCUCGCUCUGCUUUUAUGCGGUGGCUACAUCCUCUAUAGGAAGAAGAGAGCGAACUUUGUUUCUACUGUCCGCUACUCCAGAACCUUUGAUAAUUUGGACACCACCAGUAUUUUAACAGAUGCUGACUGAACAUCAGCACUGAUGUUCCUGCCUCUACUUCAGUCAGAGCAAAUGCAACCUUCCACCUUUUUUUUAAAAAAAAAAAUAUUUAUUUAAUCCAGCACAAUUUCUUUUGUGUUUGAAACUGUAAUUGUUUUGGAGAAUUGGGGAUUUUGCCAACUAUAAUUAUUCCCCUGAUUAUUUUACAUCCCCAUGUUCAAACUAAUGUAAAUACUGAAAUGCUGAUCAGUUAAGGUGAAUGUUUAUCACUGUCAUUUGUGUUUUAAAGUUUUUUUUUUUACUGUAAAUUAAACUUAAAAUAAUUUACAGAAAUGUUCAACAAACAUGUCUUAAACUCCAAAUUAGCCUUAAAUGGUCUCAUUGCACUAAUGUGUAACUUAUUACAAACUACCACAAACCUUUUCUGGGCUAUUUCAAGAACUCCUUUUCAAACUUGAUAUUAUAUGUUGACACGGUGACAUCAGAUCCAAAGUAUUCAAUUAUCCAUUUAUACUUUCCUUUAAUAGAACACUGGACAGGCUUGAAAUAGUAUAGUUUAAAGUGAAUUGAUAGUCUACACUCUGGAUGUGGCUAUGAGCCGAUGGAUGAAGUCUGUGGAUUCAUAUUCCAUUAAAAUGAGAAUUCUUAGUUGUUGUUUUUUUCUGGGAUUUUGGCUGUGACACUGAGCUCCACAUCACAGGCCUGAGCUACAACUCAGGUCUUUCAUUAAAUAUAAAAGAAAGACAUAGAGGCAAAGGAGCUAACUUUGGUGGAUUGUGCCUUUUUGCAAACUGUCAUCAGGGAUAAAACUCUGUGCCUUUUUAAAAUUAGAGCAGAUUAAACCUGUGUUUUAAAGCCACUGGUGGGGUUAAAACUUUUGGAAUUUAUUGAUUCUGUGAAUUUAAAAACAGUGGGAAAGUGUUUGGUUCUGCUGAGUGACUGCAAAAGUGCAGCAUCUAGCCUUAAAGUUUGUGUUUUAUUAUGCACUUGGCUACUGAGCAAAAACGCACUUUAGUUUGUCGUUAAGCAGUAGUUCUACGACGUGUUGAGUUUUAACUUACUAUUUUAAAGAUGAUACAUUGCACUGAUGUUCACUGUAAAUGCUUUGUAAAUUUGUUUUUUUAUUAUGAAGAUGAACCAAAGAUGUGCAGACAUUUGAAUGUCACGUCUGAACUCUUUUCUGCGUCAUUAUGACCAAAUGACUGGCUGUUUCUUUCCCUUUGAAGCUCAAACUGUUAAAGCGUCCUUUCAAUAAACUUUACAACUUCAAA